AUGCCUCCGAAAACGCCCAUCACUUCCAUUGAGGUAAACCUUGUGUCUGCCCUUCGGUCGACAGUCAGGCCGGUUAACUCUGCCAUUAACUCUGAACGGACUCGCCUCUCGGGCAACGCUACAGACCUCCUCACCAUGGCUGUGACGGCUCUGGCCAGUGAGUUCGAGCCGCUCGUCCCUCAUUACUUCCCCGCCCUCCUCAACCUCUGUACGCGCACGAACAAGGUCUUCAUCACCCGCGCCAAAGCCGCUAUCACCGCGCUAGUUGAGAACACACACGCCCCUUCCAUCAUCCACUAUUCCUUCGUCUCUAUCACCGACAAAUCUGUCUCUUUGCGCCUCGCGGCCGCUGAGACGUUGCUCGCGUGUCUCAAAACCUUCAACCCUCCGGACUUGGAGAAGGAACAGCGCGCGAAGGAGAUUGAAGCAGCGAUCAAGGCCACGGCUAUAGAUGCGAGCGCGGAUGUACGGAAAGUAGGGAAGCAAUUGUGGGAGGCGUACAAGAUAUUAUUGCCCGCACGGGUACAUGGGUAUGUCUUCUCUAACCAAUACACCCGCACAUCUUGA